CCCUGCAAACUCAUGGGAGCGCUUCAGGGUUUGCAGACUUGUUUCAUCAUCCGCGCGCGGGGACGUGAGCACCCCCGCCGGCAAGCCGUGUACGAACUCCACCACCGAGCUCCAGCUCGGCAGGAUUGAAACUCUCAAGAUGGCUGAUCAGGAUCCUGGGGGCAUUAGCCCCCUUCAACAGAUGGUGGCCUCAGGAGCUGGGGCUGUGGUCACCUCCCUCUUCAUGACACCCCUGGACGUGGUGAAGGUCCGCCUGCAGUCUCAGAGACCCUCGGUGGCCAGUGAGCUGACACCUUCCUCCAGAUUCUGGAGUCUCUCCACCAAAUCACCCUCCUCUCUCCAAUCCCCAGGGAAAUGCCUCCUGUACUGCAAUGGUGUUCUGGAACCCUUGUAUCUUUGCCCAAAUGGUACCCGCUGCACCACCUGGUUUCAAGAUCCUACCCGCUUCACUGGCACCGUGGAUGCCUUUGUGAAGAUUGUGAGGCAUGAGGGCACCAGGACCCUGUGGAGCGGCCUUCCAGCCACCUUGGUGAUGACUGUGCCAGCUACCGCCGUCUACUUCACUGCCUAUGACCAACUCAAGGCUUUCCUUUGUGGUCGAGCCUUCACCUCUGACCUCUACACACCCAUGGUGGCUGGCGCACUGGCCCGAUUGGGCACUGUGACAGUGACCAGCCCCCUGGAGCUUGUGCGGACCAAGUUGCAGGCUCAGCACGUGUCAUACCGGGAGCUAGCCACCUGUGUCCAAUCUGCAGUGGCUCAGGGGGGUUGGCGUUCACUGUGGCUGGGCUGGGGUCCCACAGCCCUUAGAGAUGUGCCCUUCUCAGCUCUCUACUGGUUCAACUAUGAGCUGGUGAAGGGCUGGCUGAAUGGGCCUGGACCAAACAACCAGACAUCCGUGGGUAUCAGCUUUGUGGCUGGUGGCAUCUCAGGAAUGGUGGCUGCCACCUUGACUCUACCCUUUGAUGUUGUGAAGACCCAACGGCAGGUUGCCCUGGGAGCCGUGGAAGCUGUGAGAGUGAAGCCCCCACGAGCUGACUCCACCUGGAUACUGUUGCGGAGAAUCCGGGCUGAAUCGGGCACCAGAGGGCUGUUUGCAGGUUUCCUCCCAAGGAUCAUCAAGGCUGCGCCCUCCUGUGCCAUCAUGAUCAGCACCUAUGAGUUUGGCAAAAGCUUCUUCCAGAGGCUGAACCAGGAAAAGCCUCUCGGCCACUGAGAGGGGCGAGGAGCCACCCAGCCCAUGCAGGGGUAGGGGCAGAAGACAGCCAAGUGCCUUUGCCUCAGUACUGGGGAGGAACCACACGUCCUUCCCUCCCAGCCUGGUCACCCAGGCUAUCCUCACAGCUUGAUUUCUGCUGUCCCCUUCCCUAAAUUUUUACUUUCUCCCACCCAAGUUCAAGACCAAAUGUGACAGAUGCCCUUUCUUUGUGUUUCCUUUGUUUGCUGCUGUGGCUCAGUCCCAAGACCCUGGGCCUGGCUUUGUCACUCAGCCUUGUCCUUUCUAUCUAAAGAUGGUGCCCUUU